AUGGUGAAGAUCUGUUGUAUUGGAGCUGGAUACGUUGGUGGUCCGACAAUGGCCGUCAUUGCCCUCAAGUGCCCGUCCGUUGAAGUGGCUGUCGUCGAUAUAUCUGUUGCUCGUAUCACUGCCUGGAACAGCGACGUGCUACCGAUAUACGAGCCUGGCCUUGACGAGGUGGUGAAGCAAUGUAGAGGGAAGAAUCUUUUCUUCAGCACAGACGUUGAAAAGCACGUCUCAGAAGCUGACAUAAUCUUUGUUUCGGUGAACACUCCGACAAAAACUCGAGGCCUAGGUGCUGGAAAAGCUGCUGACCUUACGUACUGGGAGAGUGCUGCCAGGAUGAUUGCCGAUGUAUCCAAGUCCGACAAGAUCGUGGUCGAGAAGUCAACCGUUCCGGUGAAAACAGCCGAGGCAAUCGAAAGAAUUUUAACGCACAAUAGCAAGGGGAUCAACUAUCAAAUUCUUUCGAAUCCAGAGUUUCUUGCCGAGGGGACUGCGAUUCAGGACCUUUUUAGACCCGAUCGAGUUCUCAUUGGAGGACGAGAAACCACUGAAGGACAAAAGGCAAUCCAAGCCCUGAAAGCGGUUUAUGCUCAUUGGGUGCCAGAAGAAAGGAUCAUUUGCACCAAUCUCUGGUCAGCCGAGCUUUCGAAGCUUGCUGCCAAUGCAUUCUUGGCUCAGAGAAUCUCCUCUGUUAACGCAAUGUCAGCACUUUGUGAAGCAACUGGGGCUGAUGUCUCACAAGUGUCCCACGCAGUCGGUAAGGACACGAGAAUUGGGCCAAAAUUCCUCAAUGCGAGUGUUGGCUUUGGCGGUUCGUGCUUCCAAAAGGACAUUCUAAACUUGGUUUAUAUUUGCGAGUGCAAUGGCUUAACCGAAGUGGCCAACUACUGGAAACAAGUUAUUAAGGUGAACGAUUACCAGAAGAACCGAUUUGUCAACCGCAUUGUUUCAUCAAUGUUUAACACAAUUUCAGGCAAAAAGAUUGCGGUUCUUGGAUUUGCUUUCAAGAAAGAUACAGGUGACACAAGAGAGACUCCGGCCAUUGACGUGUGCAACGGUCUGCUUGGGGACAAGGCACGCUUGAGCAUAUACGAUCCAGAGGUCACUGCAGAUCAGAUUCAGAGGGAUCUGUCUAUGAAAAAAUUCGACUGGGACCAUCCCCUUCACCUCCAGCCAAUGAGUCCUACCUCAAUGAAGCAAGUGAGCGUCGUUUGGGAUGCUUACGAGGCAGCUAAGGAUGCACAUGGUCUUUGCAUUAUCACCGAGUGGGAUGAAUUCAAAAAGCUCGACUAUAAAAGGAUUUUCGACAGCAUGCAAAAGCCUGCAUUCGUGUUUGAUGGUAGGAACAUAGUGAAUGCCGAGAAGCUUAGAGAGAUUGGAUUUAUCGUCUACUCCAUUGGGAAACCACUCGAUCCAUGGCUCAAGGACAUGCCGGCUGUAGCUUAA